AUGGCGCGCGCUCCGGCACAAUUGGCGCAGCUUUUACUAGCGGCGCUGCUGCUGUCAGCGAUGUGUGAGGCGUUAUUGCCUAUCACGAACGCGCUGCAGCGUGCCCGCCAAAACCUCACGGCCUUGCAGCGGCAAUGGAUCGAUCCGGACACGGACCCCAAGUUCUACAACAUAUCAUACAAGCUCAUCUUCUCGGACGAGUUUAAUAGCUCCAAGCGCACGUUCGAGUCGGGUUUCGACUCCAAAUGGACGGCAGUCAACCUCCGCGAUACCACCAACAUGGGGCAGCACUACUUUUUGCCCCAGGCUGUGCAGAUCGACAAGGGCAACCUCAUCAUCACGACCUCCAAGCCCAAACAGCGCUACCGUGGCACUAAGUACGUCAGCGGUGCUGUGCAGACAUGGAACAAGUUCUGUUACACCGGCGGCUACGUCGAGGUAAGGGCCAUUCUGCCCGGCAAGUGGGGUAUCCCCGGCACGUGGCCUGCUAUCUGGAUCAUGGGCAAUAUCGGCCGUGCGCCAUUCCUCGGAUCCCAGGACGGUACGUGGCCGUGGAGCUUCGACUAUUGCGCCCCCUACGUGGAGAAGGCCGAGAAGGUCAAGCAGAAGAUCAAUGCCUGUGGCAAUCUGACCAACAAACACGACAAGGAAUCGUAUCCAGAGAUGUACGGCUUGAACCCCUUUCAGGGUCGUGGAGCCACGGAAAUCGAUGUGAUUGAAGCGCAGAUUCGUGCUCGUGAUGAGCCUGCAUUCAUCUCCACGUCCCUGCAGAUCCGUCCCAGUCUGUACGAUGAUAUGCGCCCGGCUUCAGAGUCGCUCCCUGCUCCUGGACAAUGGUACCAGGGUCUCAAGUUUGGUGAGUUCACGAAAAUCAAUAGCGACUACUACGGUGAGAUGGGCCUCGACUCCAUUUCGGCUCUGACACAGCUCGAGUCCAAUGCGUUCAAGUCGUUCCACUUGUUCCGCCUGGACUGGUCUCCUGGUCCCGAAGGUUACAUUCGAUGGUGGAUGGACAACAGCUUCGUGUUCGAAAUCCCUGGAUCCGCGCUGAAUAAGUGGGUAGGUGCUGUCCCCCCUCGCCAGAUCCCCGUGGAGCCUAGUUAUCUCAUUCUGAGUACGGCUGUUUCGGAGAAGUUCUCUCCACCGUGCGAUGGGCAGAUUUGUAACUCGCUAUGGCCCUCCAACUUUACGAUCGACUACGUACGCGUCUAUCAAGGCAACCCGAACCGGUAUACUUCGGUGGGAUGCAAUCCGGAAGCCUACCCGACGAAAGAUUGGAUCUACGCCCACCCAGUGGAAUACGGUCUCCCGUGGUAUGUUUCACUACGUGUGGACAUCGGUCUGCUGCAUCUUUUCGCUGUGGUUAAUGCGCUGCUGGGUCUCUUCAUGGCGUUCCGUGGCACGUCCCAACCGAAGAUGUUGUCAGCGUACGCCAGCUCGUUGUGGCUGACUGCAGCCUUUUAUGGAGCUCUUAGUUCAAGCGCCCCCGUAGACCUUGCUUGGAUUCAGACUGCGCUUGCGUGUCUGUGCGGGCUGGUACUUGGCGGUCUUUGUUGCUUGGUGUACCCGGUUUCGCUUGGUGCAAUGCUUGGACUGUAUGGCGGGGUGAUAGCUAGCCAAUUCGUGCCUUUGCUGUCUACGCGCGUGAUCACUGCAUUACUGGUUGGUGUGGGAAUCGCGCUAGGAUCUGCUCCACAGAUCGACACGAAGCACGUUGUGAUUCUGUCGACCUCUUUGCUUGGUAGUUUGGCGUUUCUGCUCUCUGUAUCGCUGUGGGUGAGUGAAGGCGAUAUUGCUGAGAAUGCGUGGAAUCUCGCUGGCUUCAUUUUCAAUGGUAACAACGAUGACCACGUGGGUUUCUGCACGAAAUAUUGCCUGGCGAUGUAUAUUCUGCUUGUCGUACUCAGUGCGGUGAGCACUACGUAUGGAUACCUCCGUAUGCGUGGCGUGACGCUGCGCACCAACCCGCGUGAGGCCAAGUUCCCCGCGGUGUCAGCAAGUUCUGACGCGCGGGCUUGGAGACCUGAUGAUGAUGCGGGCGUGGAGAAGACUACGGUGAAUUUUUUCUCGCCAUCCAAGCUGCCGUACAACAUGCAGCAGUUCAGUACCAUCUUCCGUAUCGCUGUGAACGUGCAGCGCUCGUUUGGCUUCCAACUUGACAACUUCCGCAACCAGACGGAACACGUUGUGGUGCUUCUCACCAACAACUCGCGAAAGAGCGGAAAUCCUUACCGCAAGCUGCACGAUUUGGUGUUUUCCAACUACAACAACUGGUGCUGCAAGCUUAAGAUCCAGCCUCUGAACUGGGGCGAGCAGCGACCACCGCAGGGUGGUCUCACAAUGGUGGACGAGAUGUCGGUGGACUUGUGUCUGUUCUUCUUUAUCUGGGGUGAGGCCAGCAACCUGCGUCACUCGCCUGAGUUCCUGUGUUUCCUGUUUCACAAGAUGAAAGAAGAGUUCCCGUCCGUCCGUCACUCAGAGCGCGAGGCUGGAUACUUUUUGGAUACGGUGGUGACACCUGUCUACGGCUUGCUGAAGGCUGAGAUGACUUCAAAGUACGACCAUGAGGACCGUCACAACUACGACGACUUCAACGAGUUCUUCUGGACGAAGAGAUGUCUGAAGUAUGACUACAAACACGAAGAGGUCAUUGAUUUGGCGUCACCCAAUCCGGCUAUGAUCUACAAACAGAAGCAGCAGCAACGUCAAGGUCUGACUGGCCUUGGAGCCCAAAAGGCUCGAGGUGGACUCAACGGUGGCUCGAACGGCUCCAACUUGUUCAACAAGCGUCAAAGUAUUGCCGAGGGAUUCACCGAGUCUGCCAAGACGUUCGUUGAGAAGCGUACGUGGCUGCUACCGCUGCGCGCUUUCAACCGUAUCUUCAACUUCCACGUCAUCGCGUUCCACUUCUUGGCAAUGCUCGCGUUCGCGAAUGAGCAAGAGAUGGACUUCCAGGACGCCUGCAAGAUUAUCUCGAGCACUUUGAUAUCUCACUUCUUGCUGGACAUUUUACGUGAUGGACUCGACAUUUUCGCUGUUUACGACGAGCACCGGAAAGUAUUCUCAAUGGCGCGUUCCGUGAUGCGUGUGUUUCUGCAUCUGGCUCUUGUGGUGGUCACGUCGAUGUUAUACUGGUAUGCGUGGGCGUACGGUGGUGCCUGGUGGCAGUCGUACUACGUGACCGCGGUGCUAUUCCACGUGCCAGGCCUGAUUAACUGCGUCAUGCAAGUGAUGCCUGGUCUUACCAACUGGACACGGCGCACGGCGUUUGCUCCUGUUGCAUUUAUCCGUGACAUUGUGAGUCCGAUGAACCGCUUAUACGUGGGUGACAACGUGCUGGAUCCGGAGUCGAUGAGCGUAGGCUACCAGUUCUUCUGGAUGUCGCUAUUGGCUUGGAAGUUAUACUUCGGCUACGAGUUUGAGAUCUACCCGCUUGUGGUGCCGAGCUUUCUGCUGUAUGCUGACCACGUGGAGAACAACGUGAGCAUGAUUACGACAGUGUUCCUCAUCUUCCUAAACUGGAUGCCGUUCUUCUUGGUGUUCUGCGUUGACAUUACGAUUUGGAACUCGAUCUGGAUGGCAUUCACGGGUACGUUCGUUGGCUUUUCGUCGCGCAUUGGUGAGAUUCGCAACUUCACCCGCGUUCGAUCUGCGUUCAGUCGUGCUGUGGAUGCAUUUAACGCAAAGGUGAUUGCGCGAAGCUCCAAGACGGGACUUCAACUCUCGGACAGCAAUGGCACGUCGUAUGGAUCGACAUCAGUAGGUCACGAGGUGCUUGAUCGUGUUGCCGGUGGUGCGGAUCCGACGUCCCGCCUCCUGUUGCAGCGCCGGACAUCAGCCCAUGACGACGAGACUCCGUUACUGUCUUUCUCGCGUCGCAAACAGACGCCUACGGAGCGCCAAGCUGCUCGUCGCCGCAAGUGGUUCUCGUUCUCUGUGGCCUGGGACACUAUCAUCGAUAGCAUGCGCGCGGAUGAUUUGAUCUCAAACAAGGAGAAAUCUCUGCUUCAUUUCCACCGUCUUGACGGCUACCAGCGCGAAAUUUACCUGCCGCAGUUCCAACUUGCUGGUUGCUUCGAGAACUUUACGUCGCACAUUCUUGAUAUUUACUCGUCGAACAACGGCAAGGUCUCGGAGCGUGUGCUGCAAGACAAACUACUGGAAAUUCUCAGUGAUAACCCAAUGGUGGAGGAGUCACUUGAAGAGAUAUGGGAGCUUGCGAACUGGGUGCUGGUUAAUGUGCUUGGUCCCUGUCACGCGAAUGAUGUGAAGUACAUCACAUGUGUGCUCAACUCGUGGGCCGCUCGUGGUGUGUUCCGUGCGCUGAACUUGCAAAAGGUGGCUCCAUGUGGCCGCGCUUUGGCGGGUUUGAUCUCGCUCUUGAAGGCCAACGUCCGAGGAUGGAAGAGCAACGCCAAGGUUAUCCCUGUUCGCAAAGACCCAUCCGACUACGCUUCGUACGAGUUUCCGCAACAGUCUAGCUCCUACCGUCCUUCGUCGGGGCUUACUAAGUCUGCAAGUACGACAGGUCUGUCGUCGUUGGGUCUCGAACCACCUCGUCGUAGUCGUGGCUCUGGUGUUGCGCGUAUUGCACGUAUGCAGCAGCAGACGCACAAACCAGCUGUCAACAAUGGCAAGCUUACUCAUUCUAUCUCCAGCUCUCACAUCAUGCAGAUUCGCGAGCGCGUGCGUACGUUCCUGAAUCUUGGAAAGGAGAUUCUGGCCCACGUCCACGAGCAAGACCCCGUGUUCGCUGAAAGCAAGGGAAUUUCGGAUCGGUUGACGUGGAUUCUUACACAGGAGCGUGGUUUUAUGUGGGACGAUAAUUAUACGGGUGAACAAAUCACUCUCACAGCGUUUGAGAGCCACACCGAUGUGGUGUUAUCGCAUCUGCACGGACUUUUGACCUUGCAGAAGAUUGAUGCGGAGCCCCAGUCGUACGAUGCUCGUCGCCGCUUGCUGUUCUUCGUGAAUUCGCUGUUCAUGGACAUGCCGCUUGCUCCGCUGCUCGAGGAAAUGAAGUCGUGGAGCGUCAUCACUCCGUUCUAUGCCGAAGACGUUCUGUACUCCAGAAAGGAUUUGGAAAGCAAACAGGACGGUCUGGACGUGCACACGCUGUUGUUCUUGCAGACGCUGUACAAGCGAGACUGGGAGAACUUCUUGGAGCGUGUGAAGCCUAAGAAGAACAUCUGGAAAGACCCGGAGACUGCGAUCGAGUUGCGUAUGUGGGCUUCUCUGCGUGGCCAGACACUGUCACGUACGGUGCAGGGUAUGAUGUACGGUGAAGCUGCCAUUCGUUUGCUGGCUGAGAUCGAACAAGUUCCCCAACAGAAACUUGAGGAGUUGAUCAACACAAAGUUCACGUACGUGGUGGCCUGCCAAAUUUAUGGACGUCAGAAGAAGAACAACGACCCGAAGGCGAGUGACAUUGAGUUUUUGCUGCACCGAUUCCCUAACUUGCGCGUGGCAUACAUCGAUGAGGUCCGUGUGAACUACCAAAAGGAACAGUCAUACUUCUCGGUGCUCAUCAAGGGCGGCGAGGAACUCGGCUCAGUUCACGAGAUCUACCGCGUGCGUCUGCCUGGCAAUCCUAUCUUGGGCGAGGGCAAACCUGAGAACCAGAACGCAGCCAUUGUUUUCACUCGCGGUGAAAAUCUGCAGGCUAUCGAUAUGAACCAGGAUGGAUAUCUUGAAGAGAACUUGAAGAUGCGAAACCUACUCGAAGAGUUUGACAAGGGUACGGCAGACCGGCCGUACACGAUCGUGGGUAUCCCGGAGCACAUAUUCACGGGUAGUGUGAGCUCGCUGGCAAACUACAUGGCGCUGCAGGAGACGUCGUUUGUGACGCUAAGUCAACGUACGUUGGCGCGUCCGCUGCGUAGCCGUCUGCACUACGGUCAUCCCGAUGUGUUCAACAAACUUUUCUUCAUAACGCGUGGCGGUAUUAGCAAGGCCAGUAAGGGUAUCAACCUCAGUGAAGAUAUCUUUGCUGGCUACAACAAUUGUAUGCGUGGCGGUUCCGUGACUUUCCCGGAGUACACCAAGUGCGGCAAGGGACGUGAUGUGGGAAUGCAGCAGAUCUACAAGUUCGAGGCAAAGUUAGCGCAGGGUGCAGCUGAGCAAUCGCUAUCGCGUGACGUGUACCGUAUUAGCCAGCGUCUCGACUUUUUCAAGUUGUUGUCGUUCUACUACAACCAUGUGGGCUUCUACCUGGCGAUGUCAAUCAUCAUCUGGACUGUGUACUUUCUGCUGUACUGCAACUUAUUGCGUGCACUGCUGUCGGUUGAGGGUGUUGGCGGUCGUGAACCGGUAUUGCUAAGUAAGCUGCAGUUGAUGCUUGGAUCGGUGGCAUUCUUCACUACUGCGCCACUGCUGGCGACGAUUUCAGUCGAGCGUGGCUUUAAGGCGGCGUUGAACGAGAUCAUUGUCCUGUUCGUGACUGGAGGCCCGCUGUACUUCCUUUUCCACAUUGGCACGAAAUGGUUCUACUUCGGACAGACGAUUCUUGCUGGUGGCGCCAAGUAUCGUGCGACCGGCCGUGGAUUCGUGACAAAGCACUCUUCUUUUGAUGAGCUUUAUCGUUUCUACGCUAGCAGCCACCUCUAUGCUGCAGUGGAGAUUGCCAUUGGGCUUUCCGUUUACUACAAGUUCACGGUCGGCAAUCAGUACUUCGCGCUGACAUGGUCGCUAUGGCUUGUGUUCGUGUCAUGGUACUGGUCGCCGUUCUGGUUCAACCCACUGGCGUUCGAAUGGUCUGACGUUAUGGAGGACUUCCGUCUAUGGUUCAAAUGGAUGCGUGGUGACGGUGGUAACCCUGAUCAAUCGUGGGAGGCGUGGUUCAAAGAGGAGAACGCGUACUUUUCGACGCUUCGACCGUGGUCCAAGGCGUGCAUUACGAUCAAGGGCGUGCUGUUCGCGUUGAUCGCCGUCUCUAUCUCUUCGACGAGUGACAAAUAUCACUCGAUCUUGACGGAAACCACGUGGCUUCCGCUGCUUAUCUGCUUAUCGAUGGCCGCGGUGUAUCUUAGUGCAGAGGCUGUCUUCUUCACCUCGUCGCGUUCGGGCGAGACCGGGCUUGUUCGCUUCCUGAAGCUCCUUCUGGUGAUUGUGCUGGGCGCUGGUCUGAUUCUCGCUUUCAUCUACGCGGACGGUAUGUGGCAGAUGCUGCUGAGUAUGGGAUAUCUCGCUGCAGCUAUGGGCUGUUGGGCGCUUGUGAUCCUUGGUAGCAACUCGCGCUUUGUUGGAACGCUUUACUUCGUUCAUGACGCCGUGCUGGGUUUGGUUUCGCUGAGUCUCAUUCUGUUGCUCUCGGCGCUCUACGUUCCGGGCAAGAUCCAGACAUGGCUACUGUACAAUAAUGCUUUGAGUCGUGGCGUGGUGAUUGAAGAUAUUCUGCGAGCCAACUCGAGCAAUGAUGAACGCGAUGAUGAUCUGUCAGUGCAGCAGAUGCGCUCCAUCAUCCUUGAGCAGCAGCGUUUCAUCAACGCUCUGACUGCUAGCGGCAGCGAGACUGACAUCCGCGGUGCUGGUCCUGGGAAGAAAGAAGAUCUAAUGCACGCUAUGAGCGACAACACGCUGAACGCGGUACUGAGGAAUAUGUCGGAGUCGGAACUCAGUGCGCUGCAGGACUCGUCGAUUCGUCUGCAGGCCAUCAUGUCGGAGGAGGAGCGCAAGGCCGCACAACGCAAGCAGCAACAAGAAGAGCAGAGACUCACCGAGGCAGGAAUGAACUCGUCGUUGUCGCGCACGCGUCGUGCCUUCUCCACGAGCGAUUUCUCCGCCAUCCCGCUGAAUGCUAGCCCCUACAGUCUUGCUCCUACUCAGGAUGGUUCCGCUGCACCCGUCAACCGCCCCACUAACGGUUCUGCUGCUCACGGAGCUUAUCCUGAUGUGUAG